UCCCCGAUCGCACUGUGGCCGGUGCUUUGUUAAUUGUGAAAAAUCUGUGGCCCGGCGUUCGCAGUACCGUUUCGUCUAUUGUUUGCCCGGCCGCCGCCCGGCGAUCGCCGAAGAUCUCUAGCGAACCAGUAAGACCUCGCGGCACAACGACGACGGCAGAGGUCUCGGUGCAAAUUAGUCUAAAUUGAUGUGCCCACAGCAAAACGGGUUCCGAUUGGGGCGUCGCUUCACAACUGGAGCACUUACGGGCCGGACCACCGUGUCCAGCGCGAGAUAGGAUCGCGCGGGGCCGCCAGACGCAUUCCAGUUCCAGCUUGCCGGAUAGUCGCCCCCGGGAGAGAGGAUGCCCACACGCUACCGGCGGUCCACACGAUGAAGGUUCCGCGCAAGAAGGCGUUCGGGUUUCUGCUGAUCGUCGCGUUCGGUGCCCUGCUGGUGUUGUGGAACAACGUGUACUUGCUGCACUUGCCACCCGGGCGCCGCAAGGUGGUGGGUACGAUCGCGGAGAUGAAUCUCACCGUUAGUUUGGCGCUGGUUUACGAGCGCUGGAACCGGGUGGCGACCGACGCGGCCACCAACCUUCCGAUGCCCUUCACCCGUCAUCACUUCAACGUCACGGCCAGCGAUCACAUCGGGAUCGAUCGCCCCGUUCCCGACACACGCCAUCCCAACUGCCAAGAGCGCAGCUACCUCACGACACCUGGCCGUACCACAUCUGUGAUAAUAACGUUCCACAACGAAGCCACUUCAACGCUGCUGCGCACCAUCGUGAGCAUACUGCGGCGAACACCUCACGAUCUGUUACGAGAAAUUGUCCUCAUCGACGACUGCAGUGAUAACGGCAUGACGGCGUCCAGUGCCCCAGGAGUCGAAGAUGCUGACCUCUUUGGCCGCUAUGAGCUAUUCACCCAAAUACCGCUAGUCCGAUACUACCGAAAUUCCAUUCGACAAGGUUUAAUAAGGUCACGUAACAUAGGCGCAACGUAUGCGAGCGGCAGCUACCUGUUGUUCCUCGACAGCCACUGCGAGGUGAACCGCGGAUGGUUGGAGCCGUUGCACGAUCGCUUGGAGAUCGAUCCGACGGCUCUGCUUAGUCCCGUGAUCGACAUCAUCGAUGCACAUACAUUCGAUUAUCGUCCAAAUAGUGCACGGUUGCGUGGUGGAUUCGACUGGAGUUUGCACUUCCGCUGGCUGCCAAUCGCCGAGGAGGAACUUGAGCAUCGGCGGCACGAUGAAUCGCAACCGUUCUACAGUCCCGCUAUUUCCGGCGGUAUCUUCAUCGUGGCGAAAAGUCUGUUCGAGCAGCUCGGUGGUUUCGACUCUGGAAUGGACGUUUGGGGCGGCGAAUCACUGGAAAUGUCCUUGAAGGCAUGGCUGUGUGGAGCACACGUCGAGGUGGUUCCCUGUUCACGCGUUGGGCAUGUCUUUCGCCGGAAGCAUCCAUUCAAUUUCCCGCCGGACGGCAGCCAUCUUACGUAUCUACGCAACACGAAGCGUGUGGCACUCGUGUGGAUGGAUGAAUUUAAGAAUUUUUUCUACGAUGCCCGUCCGGAAGCGAUACCGAUUGAGGUUGGGUCUAUACGAGCGCAACAGGAGCUCCGGCGGAAGUUAAGCUGCCGAAAGUUCAGUUGGUACCUGCAGAACGUGUUCCUCGACCUGAAACUGCCGAACGAAAAUAGCGUCGCGUUCGGGCAGCUACGCCACGGCGAACGAUGCCUCGGUGUAAUGGGGCCAGCAACGAAGACGCAUCGAAAACGCUCUAAUGGUGGUGUUCCGAAGGCACACGGCAACGAUGCCACACUGACGGAAUGCGCCCAUGAGACCGCGGAUAGCGACGGAUCGAUGCAGUGGGCGUUACACAAAACUACUGGACAGUUACGCACCGAGAAGGGCACCUGUUUAACGGUACGAAAUGGACUGGUGAUAACGGAACGGUGCCAUAGUGGAGCCACAGUGAACGUGGCCCAACGCUGGCAACGUCAGGGGGGAACGCUCGUGCACCGGCAGAGUGGCAUGUGCCUGGAGAGCCUGAUUAAGGCUGACGUCGGUGCUUCCAAGUGUCGCCGCGGUGCUCCGUCUCAGCUUUGGAGCUUUUCUGUCGAAGUGCAGCAGCUCGUGUAG